CUUCGGCUCGCGUCUCCCACCCCGCGUCCGCGUCGCCCUCCUCCCCGCGGGGCCUCUGCCACCUGGCCCCGCGAGGCGGUGGCUGUGAAAGUCGGAGGGAGAGAGAGAGAGAGAAGGGGGUGGGGGGGAGAGUUGAAUGAGAAACGCUCGAGAUGGGGGGCCCACAAUCGGGAGUAUUUAUACUGGAGGAAUCCGAUGAGCUACAAAGCAAUUUUUCACUAGUGUGCAGUACUAGCGUUGGUCAGAACGUUACAACAACAAAUAAUACAAACACACGGUGGGAGUGCAAAGUGUAGGAAAGGCACUCGAAAUACACAAAUCUAAACAAUGUUUUUUAAAGCCCACUGAGGCAUUAACUUUUUUUUCAGAAGCGACCUGGCCACAAAUGAUAGCUCAACAAAGUGGCUUAUGAUUUUAUCCCUUGCAUUCCAUUACAUGGACAACGAAAGUGAAAAGCCACGUGGUUUUACAUUUGAGAAAUUAACUCAAAGCGUAAAUGCAACCGGCCACUUUGAGCUAGUGCGGGAGCUUCGAUGUCGAAGUGUUGACCUUUCAAACAGCUGCGGUAAGGAGAAGAAGGCAACAAGCGAUGACGAUGUUGUGGCGACAUCAACCUGUAGUGGCCGUGACAACCCGUGUACUUGCAGGACCAGUGCCGCGAGAGCUCCAGAGGCCCCGGGCGGAGAGGCGUGGGCUGGACAGGGUGGCCCAGGCAGGGCGGCUCCACCACCCCUGCCACCUCGCCCCACCCAGAGCUCGUCGGCAGCUUUCACUUCCAUGGGGUCUGCCUACCGCCCGGGAUUUUCCUCGUACACCUCCCCGCACGCCGGCAGCCUCUACGGGGUCUCCAGCCCCUACUACAACAGCGGCAUCGGGUACGGCCUUGGCUUUGGUGGCAGCCAGUAUGGCGGUUACGGCUACAGCCGAUUCCGCGAGCAGAAUACGAGCGGGCCGAGCCGCUUUGUGCGCACGGCGGAGGAGAGCAGCCGCACGGCGUUCCAGUCGGUGGAGAGCAUCGUGCACGCGUUCAGCUCCGUCUCCAUGAUGCUCGAUGCCACCUUCUCGGCCGUGUACAACAGCUUCCGCGCCGUGCUCGACGUCGCAGACCACUUCAGCCGCCUGCGGAUGCAGUUCACAAACGCCCUGUCGGCCUUUGCCCUCGUGCGCACUAUCCGGUUUCUUUACGGGCGACUCCUGGCGCUAUUGGGGCUUAGGAGCAAGAGUGAAGUUGACGCUGCCUGGGUGGAGAGCUGUGCUGCUGGAGCCUCUAUAGAAGGUGCAAGUGUCUCCGGAGCUGGCCGAGCUGGCCCCAAGUCCUGGCCCAUCCUACUGUUUUUUGCUGUGGUACUUGGCGGGCCCUACCUCAUCUGGAAGCUUCUUAGUGCUGCUGCACAAGAACCUGAAACUGGGUGUGAGUGGGCGAGUGGUGAAGAUGACCACAUUGUGGCCCGGGCGGGGUACGACUUCACCGCAACGUCCGAUGAAGAGAUCUCCUGCCAUGCAGGAGAUGUGCUCAUCCUGGCACCCAAGGAGCAGCAGCCGAGGGUGCGGGGCUGGCUGUUGGCGAGCCGCGAUGGGGUGGCCACCGGCCUGGUGCCUGCCAACUACGUGCAGGUGCUGGGCAAGAGGCGCGGGCGGCGGACAGCGGCGGGAAACCCUCCCCUGAGUGCAGCAGCCGUGGGCGCGGGCCCCCCUACUCUGGGAGUGCCGCAAGCAGGACCGAGCACUCCAGCCGAAGUGCAGCAUGCCACCGGCUCCAGUGCCACCACGCCCCAGCAACAACAGCACACGCUGGGGGACAUGGAAGAGCUGUUCAGUGCUGUCCAGGCAGACGUCGGCGCAGCAGCACUUGACGAUCAAACACAGGCAACAAUUGUUGCUGUUCCAGAUUAUGUGUGAGCUCCAGGCUCUGGUCGUCAUGCGCAGGUGACGAGGAGCUGCUGCCAUGAGAUUCGAUUGAGGCAGGAGGCUGCGGCUGUGUUUGCUGACUCGGGUUAUCUCGCGGUGCCUCUUGUGUGUGCUGCCUUAGCCUCGUGUGUAAUUCUUCCAAUCUCACCUCGGAGAUGGACGUAAUUCAUUUUUUCGGAAAUUUACAUAUUUCAUCGGUGAGAUGAGCAACUUGAUUUAGUGAGCUUGAUUGUUUUUGAAAUGCACUUUAAAGUGCUUACGAAAUGUCGUUAUAUAAUACACUGUAAAUAAUAAACACCUAAAAAUCUGUAAAGUUGAAAUAAAAGAUGGUGAAAGUAAUGGUCACAUG